AUGGCGCCGGUGAAUCAGCCGACCCAUGCUCCACAUGCGCCUCCUCCGCAGCACAACCUCGUACGCUGGUGGGGCGCCGUCGGCCCCACAGCGGGCGCGGUUGAGUCGUCGUCAGAGGCGGCUGCAGGCACAGGCAGCAGGCGAGUGCGCCUCCCGCCCCGUCCCCGUCGGAUCCGCCUCUGCCGCAGCACCCUGCUCCCCCCCUCCGCGUCAAACCUGACCCCGCAGCAGCGACAUCCCCCCGUAAAUCAGUUUUCCUCUGCCUCGCCUCAACUGCGUCAGCUGCCGGCUCCUCCUGCGCCGCCAAACCCUCCUGUCCCGCCUGCUCCUCUUGCUGCCGCUCCUGCAGGCGCGCUGCCUCCCCUCGUCGAGCAGCGCGUUGUGCACGUGGGGACGUGUUUGACGCUGCUGUCGUACGCAAUGGUGAGGCUAGCUGAGUCUGCCCAGGAGGGCCCCCUCGGCCUUGUGUCUGCUGCCGCUUCCGUCCUUCGUUGGAUGGACGGGAGGUUGUGCUGGAUCCUCGCCGAGUGA